AAGUCAGUGUCUUUAUUUGACGAGGUGCACGAGGUUCCUUCAGACGAUGCUGGAUCACGAGAGCACUGGCGUCGCACUCAUGCUAUAGCAACUAUCGACCAGCGCCACGUGGCCGAGGAGUGCAGAGGACACUAUAGAGUUUAUGUGAAUAUUAAAGUGUAUAAAAACUAUAGACGCCCAUUCGUGGAUUCGCAUUCCCAUUCUCCAAUCAAAGGAGCCCUAAUAGCGAGGGAGAAUCUCUUGCCAAUACACUUUGGAGCCGACGCUGGCCUUGCGGGCGAGCUGCGGCGCCGGCGCCGGCGCGGCCGCGCCCGCGACCGGAGAAGCGUGGCCGAGGUCGCGCGCCGCUGCCCGCUUGCCCCGGUCGCGAAAUGCCAGGAACAUGCGAAUCGUGAAGAAGUAGAAGAACUCUACCACGCUGAUCAGGCUGAAGCCCACGAAGAGGCCGCAGAUGCCCCCGAAGUUACCUGCAAAAGCACAAUGGAGCUACCAAGAUUUCUUUCUGUGUAG